CUGAACUGAGAGACGUCUCUACUCCUCCUCCUCUUCCUCUUCUGAAGGAGACGAAGUAGAAGAACCCAACUUCACUCAACUUGUCUUCCACUUCGAUCUCUCUGCUCCCCAAAACCCCAGAUUCAUUCAAAAUGGAGAAAACCAAGAGCGACAUCCCGCCCUACGUGAAGGCCCUCUCGGGCUCCCUGGGCGGGAUUGUGGAGGCCUCGUGCCUCCAGCCCAUUGACGUCAUCAAGACCCGGCUGCAGCUGGACCGGACCGGGUCCUACAAGGGAAUCAUCCACUGCGGUGCCACCGUGUCCCGCACGGAAGGCGUCCGGGCUCUCUGGAAGGGCCUGACCCCCUUCGCCACGCAUCUUACUUUGAAGUACGCUCUCAGGAUGGGAUCCAAUGCCGUGCUUCAGGGCGCGUUUAAGGACGCCGACACGGGCAAAGUCAGUGGUCACGGACGUUUCAUUUCCGGAUUCGGCGCCGGCGUUCUAGAGGCUCUUGUUAUUGUCACUCCCUUCGAGGUGGUGAAAAUCAGGCUGCAGCAACAGAAAGGAUUGAGUCAUGAGCUUCUAAAGUACAAGGGGCCUGUACACUGUGCUCGUAGGAUCAUCAGUGAGGAAGGCAUUCGUGGGCUCUGGUCAGGGGCUUCUCCAACUGUUAUGCGCAAUGGGACAAACCAGGCGGCCAUGUUUUCGGCCAAAAAUAUGUUUGAUGUUCUGCUGUGGAAGAAACAUGAAGGAGAUGGCAGAGUCCUGCUGCCGUGGCAGUCAAUGAUUUCAGGUUUCCUCGCAGGAACAGCUGGUCCCAUUUGCACUGGUCCCUUUGACGUUGUCAAAACAAGGCUCAUGGCUCAGGGCAGAGGGGAUGGCGAGUUGAAAUACAAAGGCCUUUUCCAUGCCAUCAGGACAAUAUAUGCAGAGGAAGGGCUUCGUGCCUUGUGGAAAGGACUGGUGCCACGGCUCAUGAGGAUACCACCAGGGCAGGCCAUUAUGUGGGGUGUGGCUGACCAAAUAAUAGGUUUGUACGAGAGACAUCAUCUUCAUGUUGCCACAUUGUAGGUAUCCAUCUCAUUGGUGUACUUGUUCUGGUUAUUAAUCCCAUUACAAGCAUAAUAUCUUCAGUCAUUUUAGUUCUUAAAAAUUCUUCUUCGAAUUUCUUUGGCUUCUAAUAAAGAGCAACAGUUCUCUAUGAUCUAAUCAGCAGCUUUUUUAGUAUAAGAGGGUAGACUGUAGAGCAGACCUGUUGCAGAAAUAAGCUCAUAAUGAGAUAAAGAGGGAACAAGGCAUUUGAUGUGUGAGGAAGACUUCCAUGUAUUUUGUGUCAGUGUUCUAUACUCUUUUCUGGUUAAUAUUCUACACCACCCUUCAUUAAUUGACUAGACAAUAU